AUGUUCCAGUUCCCAUUCCAAUUCUACGGGAGGCAGGUUGAUCAAAUAAAGGUGAGUGGUGAUUCUACUAAUUGCAACAAUUUAAUGCUUUUCCAGAUUUACUCGAACGGGUUUAUCGCGCUUGGAAAUCACAGUCUCCAGGUGCCUCCAAAUUAUCCAAGUCAAACGGCUUACUCAAAGCAUCGUCUUAAUGAGCUAGAGGGUGAUUUCAUUGGAGUCUUUACCACAGUCAAUCAGUGCAGUCAAAAUGGAAACAUCAUCAUUCGGGCAAAACUAACAGAAUUGGGUCAAAUUCAUGCUCUUGGAUACUAUUUCCAAUCCUGCCUGAGUGAUUACUACGGCUCCCACUCAGACCUAAGUAUGAAAGUAACAGCGAAUUGUUUUCACAAAAAGCCUCUACCAACAUUCUCUCUUGAAUUAACUGCAAAUUUUUCUCCUAGAUAUUUUACAAAGUUAUGCGAAAUGGCAUUAGCUGGCUUUCAGUUGGCUCACCUCUUUUAG